AUGCCGCCGGGAGAAUCCCCCCGGUCCUUCCGCCACCCGCCCUCGCGCAACGGCAGCGCGGGCGGCGAUAUGAGCUCCGAGCCUCCCCCAUUCUCGGAACACAACCCGUACCAGCCCCACCUCCCCCACUACGCGACAAACGCGCGCCAGCCGUCAUCGCUUAGAUUCUCCUUUGACAAUAAAUGCGCGCUCGGCGCAAGGCAGGAAGACUCGGGGGAGGGGCCCGCGGGGAACGCGGAGACUGCGCGGAGAGUAGGCGGAGGAGUUGACGGGGAGGGGGGUUGGGGGGAGGAUGGGGAAGCUGCGCAAAGGCGGCACAAUAAUACAGGCGCAUAUCCCGCGCAGGGGUUUGGCGGAAGCUUUGGCGGAAGCGGAGGUCCGCAGCCCGCGGGCCUCUAUCAGGCGCAGUUUUAUGGCGAGUUCCGCCAACAGGGGAACCUGCGCAACCAGAACGGGGGGAACUGGCGGGGAGGGGAAGGCGGGCUGGUGCGGGAGGGUCAGGCGGAAGGACAGCCGGAAGGGCAGGCGGAGAACAUGUCUGUGCUUCCCGAGCCUCCCUCCACAGCCUCGGAGGAAGCUGCAGAUUGGGCCGCAGCUGCGGCUGCCGCAGCAGCACGGCAGGCUUGGGAGCACGUGGGCACGGUCCCUGUAGCGACGGGCACUGUUCCUGUAGCUGGAGGUAACAAUAGCGAAUGGGAGGCGCAGAGCAAUAGCAGCAACUCCGCCCCUCCCCCUUUGCCGCCUGGCUAUGUGUCUAGCGAGAGCAGAGGGGGAGGCGGAGAUGGGAGAGGGGCGGAGGGGCAGGGAGAGGAGGUGGUAUGGCGAGGGGAAAGGAGGCUUGGGGGGGAGUCUGGGGGUGAGGUUGGGGGAGUGAGUAGGGAUGGGGGUUUGAGAGGGGAGGAGCGGUCAACGUUGAAUGAUUAUGCCAUGGUGCCUUCUGCAGGAGGGGGAGCAAUGGGAGGAGGAGGCGGUGGGACGGGAAGAGGUGGUGUGCGUGUAACGGGUGUGGGCCAGAGGUUUGUGGCUCAGAGCAACAGAGACUUCGCAGCAGCAGAAGCAGCAGCAGCGACAGCAGCAGUGGCAGCAGCAAGGGCAGCAGCAGAGGAAGCGGCCGUUCCUGAUGCCCCUCCCCCAGCAGCAAGCGGCGAGAUCAGCAAGUACGAGGAACCUUCCAGCAGCCUGCAGAUAAGCGCGGGGGGGAAUGGGGGCACAAGAGGGGAGAAUGCAGGCAUGGGCGCAGCAGAGAACACCGGCCAGCAGCAGAGGUUCAGUGUGAGGGGGGGGCCUGGGGGGGAUGCAGUAGGGGCAGGAGCAGGGGGGUAUGUGGGAGGUGGAGUGAGGAUGAGUAUGGGUGGUGGGGGGUUCGGUCCGUUUGGGUUGAGACCCAAGAGACCUGAGGUGAGUGGGGAUGUUGCUUCUAUUUGGCUCAACCGGUGGUUGCGACCCCCCACUGCUGCUGCUGGCGGCGGUGGUGUCGGUGCUGGUGCUGGUGUUGCUCAGGAGAAUCCUCUGUCUCUCCCUGUGUCAGGUGAAUUUCCAGGUGGUGGGUCUGUUUCAGCUUUAGCAGCAGCUGUAGCGGAAGCAGAGGCGGCGAGGCGUCGGUUUGAGAGGGGGCGAGUGGCCAUGCAGAGCUGGAAGAGCAAGAGCAGACCCGCUAUUGCUCACACAGGAGCAGCAGCAGGCGCAGGAGAAGGAGCAGCAGCAGCAGCGGGUGGGGUGGUAGGGGAGGGAAUCGCACGGGACAGCUCAGCACUGCGAGUGGCUGCGAUUGAAAAUGACGUGGCAGCUUGGUCUGCCUUGCUGGCAGAGAGGGGUGGAGGCGGAGGAAGAGGAGGAGGAGGAAGAGGGGGAGGAGGAGCAGCAGUGGCAGCAGCGAGUGAUGCAGGGAGCAGCGGCAGUCAUGAACAGCAGGCAUAUCAAACCCUCCAGCAGCAUGAGCUGGAGAUCCAAUCCCACCGCGACCAGCAGCGCGCAGCAGCAGGGAGUGCACUGUUCGCCCCACACUCUUCCCUCCACAGCCAGCAGAACCUGCACGCUCUCUCCAUCCACCCCCCCUCUCACUCUCACUCUCGCUCCUCUGCCACUAGGAGCUUUGGAGGGUCGUCCUCCCACUCGCCCGCUCCUCCCUCCCCACCUGUCAGGGGCGCAGGGCCAGAGGGUCUUGAGAGAGUGGCGGAGGGAGGAAUUGGAGCAGAAGGAGGGGUAAGAGGAGGAGGAGGGGGAGCGAGGGGAUUUGGGGCGUUUGGGUCGGGCUUUGGUGGUGUGGGCCGAGGGUCGGGAGGUGGCAGGCUUGGGGCGUUAAGAUCAGGAAUGGUAGAAGCGGGAAGAGGAAGGGGAGGAGGAGGAGGGGGCCAAGGAGGGAGAGGAGGAGCAGGAGGAGGAGGAGCGAGCGAGGCAGCAUCAGGGGGGCCUGUGUUUGUGAAUACAAGGCGGACAGAGGAGUAUCAAAAGCUACACCAGUCCUCUAGCACUCUCAAGCCACCAGGCCACCCUCCUGUCUCUCCGUCCGGAUUCGCUGCAUUUGGAAUGCGGGUUUCUGCAGCUGAGAGCGUCAGCGGCAAGCUCAGGUCGCUCCGAGCCGGAGGGCUAAGUCCGGCAGCGGCAGGUCCGGGAGGAGCCGGAGCCAAGCCGGGUGUUGCGCGUGCAGGUUCGGGGUUCAGCCUUAGUGCAGCAGCAGCUGCGGACGCUCUUACCAAUGCUGCUGCUGCUGCUGCUGGCCUUGGUCCUGCUGGUGCUGCCAGUAACGUUGAUGCUGCCGUUACUGCUGCUGGUCGCAGGCUAACUAGAGUGGGCAGUGAGGGUGCACGUGCUACUGGUGCUACCUUGCCUCGUCUUGGCAGCGGGGGUGGUGGCGGGGGUGGUGGAGGGGGUGGGUUCACGUGGAUUCAGGGAGGGUUUGUGCGGCGAGAAGGCUCAGCUAGCCCCGCUGCUAGUGCUGGUAGCGGCGGUGCAGCGGCUGUAGCGGCUGGUGGUGGUAACAGUGCUGACAGUGGUGGGGGUGGCAACAUGGGAUACGAUUUUGGAUACGACAUGGGGUAG